AACAAUUUAAGCGCUGCGCAUGUGCAGAGUGAAGGUCAGAUAAAGACGGGGAAGACGAUGCUGGCGAAACUAAUCGGGGCGAAAUACGUGCAGCUCGCCAAGACCUGGGUCCCCACGCUGUCUGCCUGGACCGCGGUGGGUGGGGUCACGCUGGUCUAUGCCACUGACUGGCGGGUGAUUCUCGACUACGUGCCCUACAUCAACGGCAAGUUCAAGAAGGACGAGUAGCCAUGGCGGUGCUACAGCGAUCGGUGCCGGAGGGGACCUUGGCUUGGACUUCACCCACAUCCAGGACUGGAGAGCAAUUAUUAUAAUGUUUGUUUUAAUGGGUUUUUGUUAUUUGUGUGAUCAAUAAAAUAAAAGUGUCAUCUGCAAA